GCGCGUCGUCUGCCGAGCGCCGGGCAUGGCGGAGGCGGCGCUGCCGAGCUCAGGUGUGUUAAAUCCAGAUGCAACUGACUUCAUUCCAAGAGAGAGGCAAACUUUUGGUCUAAACUGGAAUAAUCAAUCUAGAUUGGAAUUUGAUUGUGGCUUAGGCAGAGACGUUAUACCACCCUCUGUUCAACCCAGGCAAAGUAAAUAUGAUGGUUCUUCUGCUGAUCAGUGUACUUCUUACAGUCCAGAGCACCAGCGAAGAUGUCCACCAGAUCCAGCACUGCUCAACAGUAUGGGUAAAACGAAGGGUCGCAAUUUACAUGGCCAGCGAUGGCAGAGAUCAAGGAAUGAUAGAACACAUAGCAAAAGCCAGGUAAAGCAAACAACUGCAGGUUGCUCAGAAAAUCUUGGGUGCUUAGAUACUAGGUCAGUUCCAGGGCGAAGGAUGAAUCCUAGAGAAUACAGUGAUUUCUCUUCAGACAGUGAAAAAGAGGCUGCUAGUGCAGAUAACAGAGGUGCAAAACCGAAGAAGACAUAUUUGAUGCAUUCACGUGGAAGAAUAUUGAAAGAGAAGGAGAAACAUCCACCCGAAAGGGAUAAAAGAAUAGCAUCUAAAUGGAAGGAAAAAGCCUUCGAAAACAUACCAGCAGUGGAUCUGACUCAGUCAGACUCCUCUGAAGCAUCUUUUGGAAAAGCAGUGUCUGAUGGUUUUUCUGACAAUAGCAUUGCACGGAGAAAGUACCCUUUCGCAAAUAAAUAUUCUCGAGAGCCUAUGUGGAAUAAGGAAACUGGCAAAAGGCAAGAUACAUCCAGAGCUAAAAAUACAAAGCACGUUAAGAAUGCAUCUCUGCCACAUCCUCCAAAAGAACGCAGUAGUGAGAAGAGGAAAGAAACUACACUGCACGAAAGAGGUCCGAACUUUGUGAGUGUAACACAGACUCAACUGUCUUGUGAGGCAGCUACACAAGAUGGGAGAAAACCCCUCCUUCAAGAGGGAUAUACAAGUAGGCGCUGGAAAAAGCAAAAUGACACACCAAAGAGCAAGGAAACUCAUACAGGGUCUCUGAUAGAGCAGCUUACCUCAGAAAAAUAUGAAUGUAUGGUCUGUUGUGAAGUGAUCCGUGUGGUGGCCCCAGUAUGGAGCUGUCAAAAUUGCUAUCAUGUAUUUCAUUUGAGCUGCAUUAAGAAGUGGGCGAGAUCUCCAGCGGCACAGACUGAAGAUGGUAACAGUGGUUGGCGAUGCCCUGCUUGUCAAAAUGUCUCAUCCCAAGUUCCUAAUAUUUAUACCUGUUUCUGUGGUAGGGUAAAAAAUCCUGAGUGGAACAGAAAUGAAAUUCCACAUAGUUGUGGAGAACUCUGUAGAAAACGAAGAUCAGCUCAAGACUGUCCUCACUUAUGUAACAUCCUCUGUCACCCAGGACCUUGCCCAUCGUGUCCUGCUUUUAUGACCAAAAAAUGUGAAUGUGGUCGCACAAGCCAUUCAGUUCGCUGUGGACAUUCUAAUGCAAUUCAGUGUACUAAUAUAUGUGGGAAUGUUCUGAAUUGUGGUAAACAUAACUGUACUCAAAUAUGCCACUCAGGAAAGUGCCAGCCGUGUGAAUUGACUGUAAAACAAGAGUGCUACUGUGGGAGUACCUCUCGAGAAAUAUUGUGUGGAGCAAGUGAGGAGCAUUUCUCCUGUCUGAGAAUUUGCAGCAAAAAGUUAUCCUGUGGCAUGCACAGCUGCGCACAAGUAUGCCAUCCCCAGUCUUGCCAGCUCUGCCCGCGGCUUCCAGAAGUAGUGCACUGUUGUCCUUGUGGACAGACACCUCUUAGUAAAUUACUAGAGUUGGGGUGUACAGAACGCAAACUCUGCACCGACCCCAUCCCUUCAUGUGGAAGAACAUGUGGAAAGUCUCUACCUUGUAGUAGCAAUGAUGCUGUUCAUACAUGUGAAAACCUCUGCCAUGAAGGAGAAUGUGGACUGUGUUCUCGCACGUCAAAGAUUUACUGCAGAUGUGCUUUAAAAACAAAGGAAGUUCCAUGUGCCUCUCUUAAAAAUCAAGUUGAAGUUGCAUUCUUGUGCGACAAGCGAUGUAACAAGAAACUGUCAUGUGGACGACACAAGUGUACUGAAGUUUGUUGUGUGGAUAAGGAACACAGGUGCUCUUUGAUUUGUGGACGCAAACUCAACUGUGGCAUUCAUAGAUGUGAAGAACCUUGCCACCGUGGCAACUGUCAGAAGUGCUGGCAGACCAGUUUUGAGGAAUUAACUUGUUACUGUGGUGAAUCAGUGAUUUAUCCUCCAAUUCCCUGUGGCACCCGGCCACCCGAAUGUAAAAAUUCAUGUACCAGACCUCAUGAGUGUGAUCAUCCAGUGUAUCAUUCCUGUCAUAGUGAAGAGAAGUGUCCACCGUGUACAUACCUUGUUCAGAAAUGGUGCAUGGGAAGGCAUGAAUUGCGGAACAAUAUUCCUUGUUACCUCACUGACAUCUCCUGUGGCCUUCCCUGUGAUCGAAUGUUAAAAUGUGGAAUGCACAAAUGUAAGAGAAUCUGCCACAAAGGAGAAUGCCUCAUCGAUGAAGAGUGCAGGCAGCCAUGUACCAUUCUGAGGCUUCAUUGUAAUCACCCGUGCACAUCUCCGUGCCAUCCAUCUUUGCCUUGUCCGACAACGUCUUGCAGCGCAAAGGUUGAACUUCAGUGUGAAUGUGGAAGAAGAAAGGAAACUAUGAUUUGUUCAGAAGCUUCAAGCACUUAUCAAAGAAUAGCUGCUAUUUCUAUAGCCUCUAAAUUAACAGAUCCACAGCUUGGAGAUUCAGUAGAGAUAAGCAGAUUGAUUACCAAAAAGGAAAUGAAGCAAAACAGGCUGCAGUGCGAUGAUGAAUGUUUGGCUCUUGAAAGAAACAGGCGGUUUGCUGAGGCUCUUCAUAUUGAUGAUAAUUCUGAUCCUUUUAAUGCUCGUGCCUCUGCACCCAAGUACAGUGACAGCUUGAAGGAGGAUGGAAGAAAAGAUGUAAAGUUUAUCAGUGACAUUGAGAAGGAAAUGAAAGCCCUGAUAGAAGCAGUCAAUAAGAGCAAGCAUUCAAAGAAGAGUCAUUGUUUCCCACCUAUGAACAGAGAACACCGUCGGCUCAUCCAUGAGCUUGCUCAGGCGUACGGCAUUGAGAGUGUGAGCUAUGAUAACGAACCAAAGCGCAAUGUUGUUAUCAGUGCGGUGAAAGGGAAAUCAGUUUGCCCAACAGUUACUCUGACAUCAUUACUUAUGAAGGAGAGGCAGACUAGGCCCCCACCACCAGUGCCUCAUCACAAACAGUCAGAGAAGCACGGGAAUAGCAGCAUUGAGAGGGGUUUCAAAGAAGAACCGGUGAUUGACUACUUUGAUGUACAGGAUUGAAGGGAUGCAUGUGAAAUUACGCUGCUCAAAACUGGAAGAGAAGCUUCUGGUGUGUCAAGUACAAUUUUGUCAAAAUGAAUCUUACUUGAUGUAUUCAAAGUUCAUCAUGUAAAUGACAGGUGAAAAUAAAUUGUUCACACAUUAAUCCUCGGUGUGUUGAGAUGAAACAAAAUGACUUUGAGUGGAUGAUCGUAAUGGAAUGUAGUAGAAAUUGCACAUGUACAUCCGUAGCCAGCUUCUGAGUAAAUCUUCAAGUAAUUCAAAAUAACAAGCAAUUUUAACCAGUGGUUUCACUAUAAAUAAAUAAAUGGCUCCUUUUGUCAUCCGAAUCACUCAAGCAAUCACCACUUACAAUUACGGUCCUGUGAAGAAAAGAGUGGGGGUCCAGGCUCUCCGCUCCAGACUUUCCCCCCAACUUGGGAGUAGGGCUCCUCUUGCUGACCCUGCCCUGAUGAGGACAUGGGCAGGGCCUUCAAGAGCAGUCUCACUUUCUCCACACAGUUGUAAUCACAUUGAGGAUGGAAUGCCUUAAAGGAACUAGCGUCAUUCAUAAGUCACCUGAAAGAAACAUGUAAAUGAUUUAUUGUCAGAUGAUUGUGAAUGAAGAGUAUGGAUCAUAUGAUGGAUCUAGAUGAAAUUAUAGAGUCAGUUUUUUAAAACCAUAAAGCAUUGAGAGAGAUACCCGGUGAAGUUGGUCAGCAAUAGAAUUGGUGAAUCAGCAAGUUUGUACCCACAGUUUGUUUCUAAAGUUUAGUUUCUUUUGCCAUCAAUCUACUUUUACAGUGCUACAUAUUUUUGGAUGGUAAGUGUUUAUGUUUGGGAGUAUUUUAAGUUGUGCAGUAUAUAGUUUACUUUUUUAAUGGAAAUUAGUUUCUCCUUCACUUAGGGGUGUUUGUAAAAUUAUGUCUUGCUUGUGGUGGUAAAAAUAAACUGGUAAAAAUUGAUGGUUGUUGGUGAAGGAAGAAAUUAUGGUCAGGUGCACUUAAAAUGUUCCCUGACCAUAGGCACUUGAAAUAUAAAGGUCUUUUUUUUAAGCUAACAUCCUCUUGCUGUAAAAUAUAUGCACUCUGUACCAUCUUCUGUUUCACCUUCUAUCUGUAGGCAAGCUAAUAUUAAAAUUCACAAUUACCGUAAUGCCAGUGUUGAUACUCCUUGCUGAAAAUGUAGUGUUGAAGUAUGCUAUAAGAAGGUACACUUGAGUCAGUCAUGGUUGUUUGGCUGAGUUGGUACCCUGACUUUUCUGAAGAAACCUGGGUUACUUGUAUUUGGCUUGUGAAUACAUACAUGCCUGUAAAAAUUCUUGUUGUGUUGAUCCAAGGGAGUGACAUGAACAGGGUUCCUUAUACUAAUCAUUGUAACAUGAAAACCCACAAUUGUAAUAGAAUUUUAAAGGUGCUGUACACAGAGGGGUGAAGUUGCAGUGGUCUGUAUUAGUUUAUCACCUAAUAUUCUGCACUUUGAAGAUUGGUUUACCUGCUGUACACAUUAGCACAUAUUUUAACUAGCCCAUGACAAUGUAGCCUAUCAUUCGUCCAGACAUGUUUCAUCAGAUGGAAUAGUGAAUUUGGUUUCAUAGAGCACAGGCAAAUUCUUGAAUUUGUCAUAGAUUGCCUAAACAUUGAGCACAACUGUGCCUUUUCCAAAGAUCCCCAGUGGGGAACCCACUCCUUUUUCUAUAUGUGUAAAUGAAGCCAUGCCACUGUCACCCACAAUUCAAGAGCUGGCUUCCUGUUUUGCACACACAACUGUUCUCAUGCCCCAUAGAAAUUGAUUUUUAAAUUCAAGCAUAUGGCUGCCCAUCAACCAAUAUUUUCUUGGCAGCCUACCAAUGUAUGCACAAAGAAGGAUGCUAUGUAUAGGUAAGACAGCAAAUGCAUGUCCAUGUCGAGUUGAUACUAUCAGGUCCCACAUGGUUGUGGACUCCUGCAUUCAUCCAAUCAAAUAUAGUGCAGACGCACAUUUCUGUCCAUUUCUAGACAGGGUUUUCACAUCCACAUAUGCUGAUGUGUCCUGCAAGUGGUGCUAAUUAAGAGGAAAACCCUGUUUGUGGUUUCUCUUGAUCAGGUCCUGUAAGGAAGCAGUCAUUCAUUUUUAAUACUUAGUGGUUUUAAUUUAUGUGGGUUAUGGUCUUAAAGUGAUUGGUUCUGCUGUUGCUUGGUGAAAGUGCCAUGUAAACAUUAAGGAAUUAAAAUGGUGUUUCUCUUUGCUGGUUUUGCACAAUCUUGAUAUGUCUUAUAUGGAGAUAAACUCUCAGUUAUUUUGAAAUAUCAGUACUCAUUCACUUCUAAUUUGUUUUUACAGUUUUGGUAACUUAAUUGAAAGAAAGAAGUUCGUUUGCAAUAUGUCUCUUAGAAGACAGUUUACGAUUAUGAACAGGGCAGUGCAGGUACAGUUUCAGGACUAAGAUUUGGUAUAUAUGUAAAAUGGCUUAGAUUACUCUGUGUAUUACGUUUGUGUGCAAUCUGAAAGUGUAAAAGUCACCAUGGAAACUAUUCAUUAGGCCAUUUCUCAUGAUGUACUUCAUGAUGCAAGUGAAAGUAUAUUGAAUCAUGAUUUGGUUUUUAAUACCUUAUUUGUUGAAUCUUUAUAUACACAAACACAUACAACUUGCUUGCUUUCAAGUUCAAUGCUGUAAAAAUGAACUGACUUUAUAAAUCUGUAAUAUAAACUGUAAUAAAAAUCAAAA